AUGGCAUCACAAAACACCACGCAGCGGCUGAUCCGCGAGCUGAAAGCGUACCACUCGAACCCGAACGAAGCUCUGCUGCACCUCGGUCUUGUCGAUGAGGAGGACCUACUACGCUGGGAAGCGGUAUUGAAGGGCGUAGAUGGGACACCGUACGAGGGCGGACUCUGGCACCUUCGCAUUGCAAUUCCACCAAACUACCCCCUCGCGCCGCCGACCAUCCACUUCACAACCCGCAUCUCGCACCCGAAUAUCUCUUUUACUACAGGCGAGAUCUGUCUCACGCUCCUCACUACCGAGCAUUGGAGCCCGGUCUAUACAUUGUCGAGUACUCUCACUGCUAUCCAGCAGCUGUUGACGGACCCGCAGCCGGAUUCGCCGUUGAAUGUCGACGUUGCAGCCCUGUUGCGGGACGGCGAUCUCGCUGCUUGGGAGAGUGUUGUGCGUUACUGGACUGGUGAGGAGCGGUGGAACGGAGCUGACAACUUUGGACGGUGA